AUGUGGGGUCCCAGGUGCGUGGUCUCAGUCGAAGAAGGCGGAGGCAGGGACGAGGCCGGAGCACUUAUCCUCACCCAAUAUGGGGUCCCAGGUGCGUGGUCUCAGCCCGAAGAAGGCGACGAGGCCGGAGCGCUUUUCCUCAACCAAUAUGUUCCAGGCGCGUGCUCGGAGGCGGGAGCGCUUAUCCUCAACCAAUAUGGGGUCCCAGGUGCGUGCUCUCGCGGACCAGGCCGGCGCAAUAUGGGGUUCCAGGCGCGUGGUCUCAGCCCGAAGAAGGCGGAGGCGGGGACGAGGCCGGAGCUGGGGUCCCAGGCGGGGACGAGGCCGGAGCGCUUAUCCUCGACCAACGUGGAGUCCCAGGUACGCGAUCUCGGCCCGAAGAAGGUGAAGGUGGGGUGCUUGAAGCCAGAAGAAGGCGAGCUUCAAGAGGAGGCGACAACAAGCUCGAAGGACUUACUCUCAGAAUACGUUCUCGGCGCGUGGUCUCAACCUGAAGAAGACAGAGGCGGCGACAAGGCCGGAGUGCCUAUCCUCAAUCAAUAUGGGGUCCCAGGUGCGCGGUCUCAACUUGAAGAGGAUGGAGGCGGGAACCAGGCCGGAGCACUUCUCCUCAACCAAUAUCGGGUCCGAGGUGCGUGGUCUCAACUCGAACAGGACGGAGGCGAGGAGAGGCCGGGAGGGCUUAUCCUCAACCAAUAUAAGUUUCCGAGGCAAGGACAAGGCCGGGAGGGCCCAUCCUCAACCAACAUGGGGUUCCGAGGUGUGGAAGUUCAAGCUGAAGAAGACACAGGUAGGGACAAGGCCGGGGGGGGGCUCAUCCUCAACCAGUAUGGGUUUCCGAGGCGUGGAAGCUCAAGCUGA